AUGAAUUCCAAAUCAAUCUUUGAUCCAAAAGCCUUUAAAGAUGCAACAUUUUGUUUGUUUAAUAAACAAUCAAAUGAAACAGAUUCGAAAGAAAAAGAAGAAUUAUUAGAAGAAAAUGAUUUAUUAGAAUUAACAACAGAUUCAUCUUCACAAAAGAAAUAUCAAUCGAAAGAAAAAGAGAAAGAGAAAUCUAUUGAAAAAUAUGCAAAUCUAAAAGAAUUAAUUAUCAAAUUAAACAUUCUUCAAGUGAAAGUUGAACUUGGAAAUGGUUCAUCAACACGACCAAUUGUUGCUGUUUAUUUAUCAAAUAUCUUUGCUCAUAUUCAAAAUUGGUCAACUGAUAUUCUUUUAUCAUCAUCAAUUCAAGUUGAAUUGCCUUUAUUUAAUGAUCAUUUACUUGCAUGGGAACCAUUAAUCGAACCUUUUAUUGAUGAAAAAGGGAUUGUGCAAUCUCUAUGA